AUGAAGUUUGGUGAGACAUUGAAGUCCUCUCUUAUCAAAGACUAUGCGUACUACUACAUACGUUACGACGAGCUCAAGCAUGUCCUAAAGAAGGGAUUGGAAUCUAACUAUGGCAAGUGGAACAAUACCCUUGAGGAGCAGUUUGUCGACACUAUGGAGCAAGAGUUGGACAAGGUAUACAACUUCUUUAAGUUGAAGCACAAGGAAAUCCUAAGAAGAGUGAAAGAGGUUGAGACUUUGGUCGAGAAAACAGUCCAAGCUUCCAAGAACGCUGUUGAUAUUGAAGAGUUUGAAUAUUUUGAGCAAGAUUUCCAAGACUUGGAGGAAGAAUUGUCGGAUAUCAUUGGUGAUGUUCACGACUUGAACACAUUUACAAGGCUUAACUAUAUUGGAUUCCAAAAAAUCUUGAAAAAACAUGACAAACUGACGAAAUUCAUCUUGAAACCAAUCUUUCAAGCCAGAUUAAACGCAAAAUCUUUCUUUAAGGAUAAUCUAGAUGGAUUGAUUGUCAAGCUUUCCAAAUUAUAUGAUCUCGUCAGAACUAAGGGUAAUCCUGUCAAAGGUGACUCAUCUGCCGGUGGUAAAAUGCAAAAUUUCGUAAGACAGACCACCAAAUAUUGGGUCCACCCUGACAAUAUCACAGAGUUGAAAUUAAUCAUUUUGAAACACCUACCCGUUUUGGUUUUCAAUCCAAACAAGGAGUUUGAAACUGAAGAUUCUGCUAUUUCUUCAAUUUAUUUUGACAACAGGGAAAUGGACCUAUACUAUGGUAGGUUGCUCAAAACAGAAGGUGCUGAAGCUAUCAGAAUUAGAUGGUACGGAGGUAUGUCAACCGAUACCUGUUUUAUUGAAAGAAAAACGCAUAGGGAAGAUUGGACUGGUGAAAAAUCCGUGAAGGCCAGGUUUCCAAUAAAGGAAUCCAAGGUCAAUGAUUUCUUACAUGGACAAUUUACUGCGAAGCAGUUGUUCGAAAAGGCUAGAAAAGAAGGUAAGAAGUCUACACAAGAAAUCGACUCUUUGGAGAGGUUGGCGCAAGAAGUUCAAUACAGAGUAUUGAAGGACAAAAUGAGGCCUGUCGUGAGAACCUUCUACAAUAGGACAGCAUUCCAAUUGCCAGGUGAUGCUAGAGUUAGAAUUUCUCUUGACACUGAGUUAUCCAUGAUUAGAGAGGACAAUUUUGAUGGUAUUGACAGAACUCAUGGCAACUGGAGAAGGAUGGAUAUUGGGGUUGACUAUCCAUUCUCUCAGUUACCCGAAUCCGAUAUUGAACGUUUCCCAUAUGCAGUCUUGGAGGUUAAAUUGCAAACACAAAUGGGCCAGGAGCCUCCACAGUGGGUGAGAGAAAUGGUUUCAUCCCAUUUGGUUGAAGCUGUGCCUAAGUUCUCCAAAUUCAUUCAUGGUACCUCAACUUUACUACCUGAAAUGGUUACUUUAGUUCCAUUUUGGCAACCCCAAAUGGAUAUCGAUAUUAGAAAACCUAAGCAGGAUGCUUCGUACGGUAUUAUCAGCAAGCACCGUUUAAACGGAAUCGGACACGGCGAGAUGGAUGAGGAGGAAUUAGCCGGUGCAGCGGGUUAUGGAUCCGUGGUAAUCAAUGAAUCCGAAAACAGAACAGAAAGCUCCUUUGCAUCAAUCAGCAGCACUAAAAAUGGUGGUUUGCUAGGACCUUUGAUUGACUGGUAUAAGAAGGCGACUUUACCUGAUCAUUCUUUCAAUAAAGUUCCAGAAGGAACUCGUUUUGAGUCAACAUUCGAAGCACCACCUGGUAAAAAGAUUGCAGUUCCUGUUCGUGUUGAACCAAAAGUUUACUUUGCAACUGAACGUACCUUCCUAUCGUGGCUAUCCAUUUCGCUCAUUUUUGGGGCUACUGCAACUACAUUGAUGAACUAUGGUGAUCUGGUAUCGUUAAUAACGGCUGGUUGUUUUUAUCUCACCGCAAUGCUAACUAUAAUAUAUUCUUCCGGUGUUUACGUCUUUAGAGUAUUUAGCAUCCGGAAUAAGCGUGCUGUGCGGUAUGACGAUCAGCUUGGUCCAAGGUUAGUCUGUGUUGCUCUAGCACUUUCUGUUGGUACAUCCUUCUUAUUCAGAUUUUUAAAUUGGUCUUGA